AUGGAUAUUUAGUUGAAACUAGUUGGGGAAGGAAAUUACGACAUACAAUAGAAUGUGAAAUUGAAUAUGAUUCAGAAGGUCCAGUCUUUAUAAUUAGAUUUAAUGAAAAUUCUCAACAACAUGUUAUACAAUCGAAAGAGUCUUCAUCUAAUGUUGCCACUGAGUAUUUACGA